UAUGUGUGUGUAUACACACAACACACACACACACACACAUUAUCACUUAAAUCUCCUAGCCUUGUGAAAUAAGGACUAUUGGUGUUAUCCCCAUUUUGUAGAUAGAAACUGAGGCUCAGGUGAAAUGACUUGCCAAAGUCACAUAGGUAAUAAAUGUCGAGUCAGACUUCAAAUCCAGGUCUUUCCAAGUUCAACACUGAGUAUUUGGUUUUCUGGAUCAUGGAUACUUCAGUAUAUACUUCAGUGGAUCUGUGAUCCCAUCAGUGUAGAUACUUUCUCCACUGAGAUCACAACCCUCCACACUGUCUUAUCUUGUGUGAUUCUUAUCCAUGCCUUUCUGCAAGUCCUCCAUGAAGGCUCACUUAGUGUAUGGGAAGCCUUCCAACACUUAAGAUAGAAGAAAGAUGGGCUUGUGGUCAAGGCAUCUCACAGACCUGGGGAAAACAUCUAUGAUGAGGGACUCAGUAGCCUGAUCAACAAAGCUUUAAAACCGGAAUGUGACAGGAAGGAAGAAAAUGCCUACAUGUAAACCAUAAAAAAAAAUAUAAUGUGGAGGACGUGAUCAGGAGCUUUAGACCUGGAAGCAAUACUAAGGGCCAUCUCAUUCAAUGCCCUCAUUUAACUGAUGAAGAAAUUGGGACCCUAAGAGGUGAAGUGAUGUGCUCAAAGUCACACAGAAGUAGAAAAAGGAUUUAAACCUAGGUUCUCUAGGCUCUAAAUCCAGAGGGUUUCCCCACCACCACAGAACAAAGAAUAGUACUUUCGGUAAGGAGAAAAGAUCAAGGAUGAGGUCUAUAUUCAGUUAACUCCAUAUCAACUGCACAAUCUGAGCAAGAGACAGUGACUGAGAUUUUAACACAAACAGGUACAACCUCAUAGGUGUCAUUGAGACUUAAGAAGAUGGGAUUCAGGACAGGAAUCCAUCCAUGGAUGAUCACGUCUUGUCCAAAAAGAAACAUGGGGGGGGGGGUGCGCCAGUUUGUACCUUAAGAAGCCCGUGCUCAAAUCUUAAUCUUCAAGGAGAAUUAUUGAGAUGGGACUACAGAAAGCACAAGGGGAAAUGACUGUAGUAUCCUAGAGUUUGUGAUAGCCAAGGGCAGAGACAAAUACUGGAGAUGUUAGGCUUUGCAUCAGAGGGCAGAACUAGAGGAGAAGCUGCAAAGAGGCCAAUUCACACUAGAGGUUAAGACCUUCCUAGAGCUAUCCAAGAGGAAUGGAUUGCUCCCUGUUAGAGGUCUGGAUAACCACUGGUAAGGGUAGUUGCAGAGUAGAUUUAUGCUCAUGUACAGGUUGGACUAAAUGGCCUCUCAGAUCUCUUCCAGCUCUGAGAUUCUGGGAGGUCUGAUCUUGGUGACUUAGAAGAGUGAGAACACUCUUUGGGUUGGAAUGGUCAGCACAGACUUUGUGGAGGUGAGACUGGAGCUAGACUUCGAUGUGUAGGUAAGAUUAGGCUAGCUAUGAGGCUUGGCUGGUAAGGGGGCAAAGCAUGUGGAUGUGGAGAUGUGGAGAUCUGUGGAGAUGUGGAGAUCUGUGUGCUGAGCUUUCUGUUCUACUUUCUCUUUAUGGGGGCUUAAGCCCCUGAGAUGCCUCGAUCCUUCCUAGUAAGAAGCAAGAGGUCCUCUGGAAGGAAAAAGUUGAUUGGCUUUACUCCAGGGGAUCCAGUCCUGUCUGUGGGGAGCCUUGGAGGCACAUGGGCUGAGAGGCCCUCAUCCCCAGACCCUGAAGCCAGCUCCUCCCUGAGGUCCCCUGUCCUAACCGAGGGUGACCUCGUUGGGCUCCAGGGUCUGGCCAGCCUCUCCUGGGAUGGUCACUGCCCCCAGCCCCAGCUCCAGCCUCAGCCUGAGACAGGAGUUGCUUCCCCACGUCUGCAGCCACAGCUACUGCUGUUACCACCCACAGCACAGCCCCCUCACCAGUUCAAGGAGAGACUGUUCCCCUGCGGAGUGUGCGGGAAGAGUUUCCGGCGCUCCUCCACUCUGUCCACACACCUGCUCAUCCAUUCGGGCACGCGGCCCCACCCCUGCCCCUUCUGCGCCAAGCGCUUCCACCAGAAAUCCGACAUGAAGAAGCACACGUUCACCCACACCGGAGAGAAGCCCCAUCACUGCGGAGUGUGUGGAAAAUCUUUCAGCCAGAGCUCCAACCUGCUCACUCAUCGUCGGCAGCAUGGGGUGAGCUGCCCCCUGUCUCGGAGGACAAAGUGUCCACCCUCACAGGAAUCCUCCUGCCUCAAAGAGUCACCUAAUACCUCCCUGGGCCCCAGGGAGAAAGGAGAAACCUGUCCCUAAAGCCUUGUUCCCCACCUGUUCAACCACACCAUCACCAUCAGCAG